UCGGGGGAAAUUCACAGACGGCGGAGAGUGUGGACAAGGCGGGGGGUCUCUGAAAAAAGGGGGAAGACAGAUUUAUGAAAUGAUAGGUGGUCGGGCAGUGUUUGGCUGGACUCCGCCACGCACUAGGUCGAGAGGUCUUCAUGUUUCCCCUCACUUUUGGGAUUAAGACUGGCGAUGGCCGCCCGGUGCGACGUGCAGAUACAAUUUAGCGCCGCUGCGACACUCAUCGGAUUCCCUGUUGUUGUAGCCUGGAUACCAACUCUUCACGGUCCUCCCCUCUCUCGCAAUCGCGCUCUCCCUCUGACAGUGCGUGCUCGGCGUGCACCCGCUGCGUAUGCGUAACAGGAGAGUCCUGUGUAGCGACGGGAGAUCCCACUCCAUUCUUUUGAGACCCACGAUGAAGACGCAUGCAAGGAUUUUCCUUUUUUGACAAUCGAAUAGUGAAUAUUUUAUCUAUAUACCCCACGACCCCACUCACUCUCUCUCGUAUUUGUCCCCCUUUCGGACGUCACUAGUAAGCUACGCCUAUCGUGCGUCAGAGCUGACAUGACGACCGAAGUCCCUCAGCAGCAGCUGGACCCUCCACCAGCACCACUGAGAUCCAGCCCGUCAUCCGGCGUCCUUCAUCCGACCAUGCUUAGCCAACAAGACGCCACGGAAAGCUCGUCAACCGCCGUCAAGGGGAAAAAAGCCAGCUCCGGGCUGCGGCGGCCGGAGAAGCCCCCCUACUCAUACAUUGCGCUCAUCGUGAUGGCGAUACAGAGCUCCCCCACCAAGAGACUGACUCUCAGUGAGAUUUAUCAGUUUCUCCAGGCUCGGUUCCCCUUCUUCAGGGGCUCCUACCAGGGUUGGAAAAACUCGGUCAGGCACAAUCUUUCGCUCAACGAGUGCUUCAUUAAGCUGCCCAAGGGACUGGGUAGACCCGGGAAAGGUCACUACUGGACUAUCGAUCCGGCCAGUGAGUUCAUGUUCGAAGAAGGUUCGUUUCGCCGCAGACCAAGAGGAUUCAGGAGGAAAUGUCAAGCCCUGAAGCCCAUGUAUCGCAUGAUGAACGGCAUCGGCUUUGGUGCCUCCAUCAUCCCUCAGAGUUUCGAUUUCCAGGCCCCAUCCGCCACCUUCGCGUGCCACAGCAACGGUUAUAAUUUGGAUAUGAUGAGCAACUCGAUGGCCGGGGGGUACGACGGCUUGAGCGGCGGCCACCAUGUUCCCCACAUGUCCCCCAGCCCUGGGUCCACGUACGUGGCCAGCUGCCCCGUGCCAUCAAAUGGUGAAUACGGACCGGACAGCAGCAGUAGUCCCGUGCCAUCCUCUCCGGCCAUGGCCAGCGCGCUGGACGGUCAUUCACAAUACGCCGGCACGUCUGCCCACUGGGCGUCCGGCGGCGGGGCCCCGUAUAUCAAGCAGCAGCCCCUAGCCUCCAGUAGCUCUGCGUCGUCCGGUUUACACUCUGGGAUGUCGCCCUACUCCCUAGAGCAGAGCUACAUCCACCAGAACGCCCGGGACACUCACGCCUCGGACCUUUCAGUCGGGAUCCCGCGGUACCAGAGCCACUCCUCCGUCUGCGACAGAAAAGACUUUUUGUUGAACUUUAACGGAAUCUCCUCCUUCCAUCCAUCGACCAGUGGAUCUUACUAUCACCAUCACCACCACCACCAUCACCAGAGCGUCUGCCAGGACAUCAAACCCUGCGUGAUGUGAACAUUACGAUGGGCUGUUGGAAU